AUGGCCUCGUCCGCGAAACCUCCACUCGACGAUUCCCGUCGCACGACUGGAUCGCCGAAAAUGAAGACACGAGAGAACGCAAAAGAUACAUUAUGUCGCAAUGUAACCAUCUAUGGCCGAUGCCGCUACGAAGAUAAAGGUAACGACACUAAAGCUAGGUCCGAUAGCAACAAGAAACGCUUCAACGUGGACUCGCCCAGCUUUACCCCAUCUCUUCUCUCUGGAAACGGCAACGGCCCAAAAAAAUCCAAUCCUAUCUCCCCAAAAGCUGCAAAUGCAGCUCCGUUCCAACCCCGACCUACGGCGUCGCGCUCCAACACAAGUACCCCAACAAUGAGGCAGGAACCAGGAACCCCCGACUGGACGUUGGCUGAAGUGCAGGAAUUUGUGCCUGGCGGUUUUGAAGGUGCUCACGUGGGACCUAUUCAGGGUAAUGGAAAUGGUGCUAUUGCUGCUGCUGCUGGCUUUGAUCCUUUUGUCACCUCUGCUCCCAUGUCUGCAGCUGGCCCCGUUGCAGGUAAUCCGUACGCCCACGACGGGGCUGCCGCAAUGGGUGGAGCUUUCUUCGCAAGCCAGACUGGCUUCCAACAACCUGUCCAGUAUCAUCUUUAUGCGCCAAUUGGCCCUCACAAUCAGAAUACUCUGGGCUACCAGCGCAACGUUCACGACCUCUUUCUCCCUAAUGACUUCCGCGAGGAACUGCAGAAGAAGGCUGCAGCUACCUUGCAAACCCUACCUAACACAACACUUCCCGCCCAGGUCGACUAUUUCCACUCUUUAGUCCCGCUGGACCUUAGCCACCAAAAGAAUGCAGCAACAUUCGGCUAUCCGAGCUGGGUUUAUAAAGCUCAGUCGAGCAAGGACGGAAACUUUUACGCCCUCCGAAGGCUUGAAGGGUUCCGUUUGACCAACGAGAAGGCCAUCCGAUCCGUCCAGGCUUGGAAGCGCGUGUGCAGUGGAAGUGUGGUCACCGUCCAUGACGCCUUUACAAGCCGAAGCUUCCAGGAUAGUUCGCUCAUUUUCGUCACCGACUACCAUCCUCUUUCCAAAACGCUGGCUGAGCAGCAUUUGGGUGCUGGGAACCGCUUCCAGGGCACUCGGCACAACACCCACAUUCCUGAGCAGGUUAUUUGGGGCUACAUGACUCAGAUUGCCAAUGCGUUAAAGGCCAUUCACACCAAUGGCCUUGCGGCAAGAGUGCUGGAGCCCAGUAAAGUAUUGUUGACCGGCAAGAAUCGAAUCCGUCUCAACGCUUGUUCGAUAUUGGACGUCGUUCAGUUUGAUUCUCAGCGGACCGUUGCGGAUCUCCAGCGGCAGGAUCUUGUCAACUUCGGGCAAUUGAUCGUCGCUUUGGGGGCCAACUCUCCCACCGUGAUGCACAACCCUACUAAAGCUAUGGAACAUUUCACUCGUGCCUAUAGCCCUCAGAUGAAGAACUCUGUCUUCUGGCUACUCAACGGUCUUCAGAAAGAUGCGGAGCGAACCAUCGACAUCUUUAUUACGGGUAUCUCGUCGCAGUUGAUGUCAACUUUUGAUUCAGCACUUCACCUUGACGAUCAGCUCACGUCUGAUCUUAGCCGUGAGCUUGAGAACGGCCGCCUCGUGCGUCUCAUGACCAAAUUGAACCUUGUCAAUGAGCGACCUGAAUACGAGCAUGACCGACAAUGGUCUGAGAGCGGGGAGCGAUACUUUUUGAAGAUUUUCCGGGACUACGUCUUCCACCAGGUGGACCCCCAGGGCGAGCCAGUGGUUGAUCUCGGACACAUCCUCGCAUGUCUGAACAAGCUCGAUGCCGGUUCUGACGAAAAAGUCACCCUGGUCAGCCGUGACGAGCAGAGCUGUUUCAUCGUUAGCUUCAAGGAAGUCAAGAAGGCUCUCGAGUCCUCCUUCCAGGCACUGAUGAAGCCGACAAGAAGAAUGCACUAA